CAGUUUGACGAGGUCAUUUUUUUGUAGAGGUUGAUAAGGGAAUUUAAAAUGGCAACGCAAGUAACGGGGAGGAAAAGAAUUCCCAACCGGGAGAAACUAUCGGCGGAGGAUGAUGCUCUCAGUCAAAUAGCUCGCGAGGCAGAGGCAAGACUGGCCGCUAAACGGGCAGCCCGGGCAGAAGCUCGAGAAAUCCGUAUGAAGGAAUUGGAGAGACAACAGAAAGAGAUAUAUCAAGCCCAAAAGAGAUACUAUGGGCCGGACAGCAAAUGGGGCCAUAUUGAACAGUGGAUGGAGGACAGUGAGCGGUAUUCCCGCCACUCUCGGAGACAUACCUCGAUAUCAGAUGAUGAGGAGCGGAUGUCUGUUGGCAGUCGGGGCAGUUUGAGGGGCAACCACACAGAUCUCUGCAGCAGCACCAGCAGUCUGCCUUCAGCCAGACUACAAAAUGGACGGCCCUCUGCGCUUUUUAAUGACCCCCCUCGUUCAAGAAGUCACAGGGGGUCACUGCAUGAAGAGAGUUCUUACUCUGCCACUAGGCGUUUCAGUGGCUCCAGCGCUAGAGGCCCUUCAGACUAUAAUGGCUUUCUGGGCUCCAGUUCCAGGGCCUCUUCUAGGGCUAGUUCAGCCCGUGCCAGUCCAGUGGUGGAGGAAAGGUCAGAUUUCCUGGAAAAGGGGUCCAGGACAGCCUCCACCCUCUCUGCUGCAACUCUAGCAUCCCUUGGUGGAGGUUUAUCACGAAGAGGAAGCUGUGAUACCUCGAUUUCAGCGGACACUGAGGCCUCCAUACGGGAAAUGAAGGUCAUUUUGAAUUUAUCAAAUUUUAUUUUGUGUUAUAAUGACCAUGUUCUGUAUGUAAUUUCAAAAUUUUUGUUUGUCUGCUCUCAGGACUCCCUGGUGGAGGUGGAGGAGAAAUACCGUAAGGCAAUGGUGUCCAAUGCUCAGCUGGACAAUGAGAAGACAAACCUGAUGUAUCAGGUGGACACACUGAGAGACACUCUGAUGGAGCUGGAGGAAUUUCUGUGUGAGACACGCAGAGAGUGUGAGGAGAAAAGCAGAGACUUCGAGCGAGAGCGUCAUGCCCACAAUGUCCUGAAGUUCCAGUUUGAGGAGAUGAAGGAAACACUGAAACAGAGUGAAGAGUUGCUGACGGAAGCUCAACAGUCUCGUGGAAAGCAGGCAGACUAUGUUAAAGAGAUCGCUGACCUGCAAGAAACAUUGGAAUGGAAAGAUAAAAAGAUCCGGGCCUUAGAGAGGCAGAAGGAAUAUUCAGACAUUAACCAUGAUGAACGGGAAGCACUCAGGAAUGAAGUAUGUCGGCUUAGGGAUGCUCUAAAGAAACAUGGCAUUAUGCAGGGAUCUGAGGUGACGGCCAAUGGGGAGUUAGCAGACCGGGCGAUUGAUGGGCAUGCUGUUGCGGAAACAGCCUCCCGAUUGAAUCAAGACUCUCACACGCCCACUAUAACUGGAGACAGCAUGUUAGAGAUCAGAUUGAGGAAGCUGGUGGAAGAGAGAGAGAGUUUGCUCGACCAGGUGCGGAAGUAUAAAGCCAUUGCAGAGCAGACCCAAAAGAAUGGGACAGAAGAAACAGGAAGCACAGAUGAAGAUGACCUAAAGAAUGGUCUGGACCCUCAUAUUCUAGAUCUGCAGAGAGAUGCUAACAGGCAGAUCAGUGACCUGAAAUUCAAGCUGGUCAAGUCUGAGCAAGAAGUCACAGCACUCGAACAAAACAUCAUUCGACUUGAGGGUCAGGUGAGCCGCUAUAAAACGUCUGCUGAGGCUGCAGAGAAAGUGGAAGAUGAGCUAAAAGUGGAGAAACGGAAGUUGCAGAGAGAGCUGAGGUCUUCACUUGACCGUAUCGAUGAACUGGAAGCAAGCAACAGCCACCUUACGAAGAGACUAGAGAAGAUGAAGGCCAAUCGGAGUGCACUUCUGGCACAGCAGUGAUGCCCACCUGUGCCUACUCAUCACCCACUGGCACCAAUGAUCUGCCACCCAUAUUACACUAAAACUUCUAUCAAAAUCAUACCAAAUUAGCCCAAUCAUAAUCAUGCUAAUUCAGACAUUCAAAAGUAAAUAUGGCUGACAGGCAUGAACGUCAACCUUCAUUUGUUUGCUAGUGGGUUUCCAAGCGGAGGACAUAUCAAAAACGAAUUCUUACUGAGGCUCAUUAAAGUGACCUUUGGUUUGGAUUAGCAGAAUUCUGGCCCUCAAUGAACUCUCAAAAAGUUUUUGACUGGUUACGGAUCUCUGUUUCAACAGACCAGCUCAGCACAGGCUGAGCACAGCUAUUGCAGCAUGUUCCUAGUAUGGUAGCAUGUUGGUUUAGUAAACCAGUGGUGAGGGACAUUGACUUAUCUUAGCAGACCAUGCACUUUAUCCAUGCAUCAGUAUUCAAAUUUUGUUACACAGAAACUGUAAUAUAUCUGUACACAGACCUGCGUUGCAAAAUUAGGUAAUUGAAUUUGUGUAGUCUAGAGAUUAAAUGAUUGAAUGUAUGCUCACAUACAGAGACAGUUGAGUGUUUAUAGCAAUUUUUGUGCAGAUGAGAAGUGUUGUUUACACUAUCAACAGCUUAGCAACUUAUUGCUAAUGUCCAUUUUGUUUCACCCCAGAUCUGUGUGUGUGAGCGCUGUGUGUUUGCGCACUGGUCCAUACCUAGAUAAGGUGUCUUCAUAAUGUAAGUAAUUUUUGUUUUUAUGCUAAUGUUGGGUUAACAUCCUGAAGAACUAGAUUAGGACUACAACAAAAUUAUGCAAUAACAAUUAUAAUAACUUUAUGGAGUAUAUUUGGGUAUAAGCCAGGCUUUGAAAGAUUUGAUUCAUCGUCCUGUUACAAAUGUUCUUAGCGCUCACUGCACUUAGUUCCCCUUCUGGAACUCGAGCUGCGUCGAAACGCUUUGGCAAAGCGACGAAGCGUCUCAUUCCCUCGGGGAACCAGGGUUACAUACGUAACCUAGAGAUGUUUUCUUUGAUGCUUUAUGAAAGCACUUAAUGUUUUCUCUCACAUAUCCAGUGGGCCAAAUGAUGAAAAUACUUUUGUUUUAUUUAAUAUGCAGGUUUAAGACUACAUACUUAGUUUCCAUGUAUAAAAACCUACAGAUGUCUUGGUCAUUGUAAUAUUGUUAGUAGAAUUAGACAGUAAGCACAGCUGAUCAUCAGUAAUGUUUCAUGUCCAGUUUAAUCUCAGAUCAUGGUGCAACUAUAUCAUCUGAGGGCUAAAUGGACACUUCAGAUGUCACCAGCCUUUAAGGAUACAAACUGUAAUCUGAGUCUUGCUUUUGAAAACAUGCUGAGUCAACACAAUAAAUGGGAGUGCAGCUUUUUCUUUUUUUAAAAACUGGUCAUUGUAGCACUUUCACUAACGGUCAGCCAUGUAACUCCAUUUAAGUGUAAUAAUAAUCUCAGUGCAUUUGGGGUUUAUAGAAAGGGACAUGGCUUUUUUUUUUUUUUUUAAGAGAAGAAGAAAAAACGUUUUUGCAAUGCUUUCAAGUGUAAAUUGACCAUUGCAAGAUGUGCAUCAUUAUGAAAACAGCUAAAAUAAUAAUUGUCUUGAUACUGUAUCUGCUGGUUAAUCGGUUCUAUCAAGAAUAUGGUUCUUUUUUGCUGUAAUUAAACCCCUGGGUUCUGCUUCCAUUAAAGACAAUGCGCCACCUUGUUUACACAGUCAGUGAACAUGUAAAUGCUGUCUCUAAAGAACUGAUAGGCUGAACUUUUGAAAUAACAGACAGACACACCAAUUACAUUGUUUACCUGUAUUACAGCUCUUCUGUAUGACAUGACAUAGCAAGAAAUAAACUCAUGCAAUAACACUGA